AUGAACAAAAAUAUUAAGAAUAAGGAGAAAACUUUGGAUCAUUUCUUCUCAGUAUUACCGUCAAAACCAAAUUCUAAUUCAGAUAAAAUUGACUUAGACAGUCUACCAGAUGAUCCUCCAAAUCACCAAAUCACAGAAGUUACUGAUGGAGAUAAUAGAGACCCUGUAAAAGGUUAUGAAAAUGCUAAGAUUUCUCUCACACUUAAUGAAGGUCCAUUUCAACCAAAAAAUGUAUUGUAUCCAUUACGUAAUGGAAGAAAAUUUCGGGAAAUAUGGUUUACACAAUACAAAUGGCUUGAAUAUAGUAUAGCUCUAGAUUCUGCUUUUUGCUUCUUUUGUAGAGCGUUUUAUAAAUCUAAUAAAAUGGAUGAUGCAUUUACAUGCAAAGGUUACAGUAAUUGGAAAAAAGCAAUUGAAAAAUUUAAUAAUCACCAAAAGAGUAAUAUCCAUUUAGAAUCUUCGGUAAAAGUUGAUGAAUUUACAAAAAGUUUGCGUAAAAAUAGUGGUACAAUUGUAGACAAAUUAGAUUCUCAGGUAUUGCGCUACGUGGGCAUAAUGAACACAAUGAAAGUGACAAUCAAGGAAACUUCCUUGAACUUAUGA